AUGGAAGCAUUAUUAUUUAUAAAUCUCAUUGUGCUAUAUCUUGGAUAUUUUAGACCAAACAGUGCAGCUGCGAAGGAAACUUCGAUAACUCCUGAUGGCAUAGCGGCUGCUAAAAGAGCUGUUGAUGCUGACUGGAAAAAAUUAGGAAGAAUAACCUUUUGGGAAUAUAUGGUAAUUAUUUUAUUUGGCGGCGCUAUGGUCUUAUUCUUUUGUCGAUCUCCUCAAAUGUUUGAAGGAUGGGGCGACUUUAUGGAGAAACGAUUUGAUAGGCCACACAAAUUCAUCCGAGAUUCGGCAUUAGCAGCUUUGGUAUCCUACCUUAUGUUACUUGCGCCAUCAAGCUUGUAUUUUUUCAAAAACUUCAUAGCAAAAUAUCAUGACAACUUUCCAAAAACACCUGUACAGUCGGUACUUAACUGGAGUGAAAUGAACGCUAAAUUACCUUACAGUUUUAUGUUUCUUUUGGGAGGAGGAUUUGCUCUCUCUGAUGCUGCUAAGAAAACUGGCCUUAAUGAGAAAAUUGGAGAAUCUUUGCAAUCUUUGAAAUCAUUACCCAACGCUGCAAUCAUUUUAAUCAUAAUAAUAGUUGUUAUUUUUGUUACCAACUUCGCAUCAAACGUCGUUGUUUGUAAUGUGUUUGUGCCUAUUGUAAUGGAGUUGGCUAAAAAAAUUGAUAGAAACCCAUUAUGGUAUGCGAUUGCAGCUGGGUUUUCAGCAUCAUAUUGUUUCAUGAUACCUGUAGGAACUCCUGGAAAUCUUAUAGUUCAAAGUGCUGCGAGUAUACCAACUAAGAAAAUGAUUAUCGCUGGGGCUGGACCUACUUUAUCCACUAUAAUAAUUACUUGGGCAGCCGUUUAUUUCUGGGCUCCAGUAAUUUGGAGCGAUUUGUUAAUUCUACCGGACUGGGCUCAUGCACAAACAACAUAA